GACCUAAUUGGUGGAGAGGGUAACUCUGAUACAGACCUCCCCUCUGAACAAGUUACACACUUGGCUUCAGAAUUUACUAAAGCAGGAUACAUGUAAGCGGGAGGGAUACACAGCCACCUCUUCUCACUUCUCUCACCUUCACAGUGCACCUUUCCACCUUUCUUUCCACUCUGCCACCGUAGUUUAGCUUUUCUAUUUUUCCAAGUAUUUUGGGGAUAUAUUCGCCUUUAUCGCAACUUCACUUGGGCACUUCUUUUCGAACACCAGAAGAAACUGCUAGCUUACGACGCGCAGGAAACUGCUUCAACGAGGAACAGAACUUUUCUCCCCGUAGUGUAAAAGAAUUAAGUCACACCAUGAGUCUCAAAUCUGACUCCGAAACAAACAACGUAUCCAUGGAGGAGGAGGUGCGCACACUGUUUGUGAGUGGCCUCCCAACAGAUAUCAAACCUCGUGAACUUUAUCUGCUGUUCAGACCAUUCAAGGGUUAUGAAGGUUCACUGAUUAAAUUAACAUCAAAGCAGAUCGUGAACGUCUUCUCUACCCUUUUCCAGCCUGUUGGGUUUGUUACCUUUGACAGUCGGUCUGGCGCUGAAGCGGCAAAAAAUGCAUUAAACGGGAUACGUUUUGACCCAGAAAGUCCACAGACCCUACGGUUAGAGUUUGCUAAAGCCAACACGAAGAUGGCUAAGAGUAAACUGAUGGCCACACCGAACCCCACAAAUAUCCACCCUGCUCUAGGAGCACACUUCAUAGCACGGGACCCAUAUGACCUGACGGGGGCAGCGUUGAUCCCUGCUUCACCUGAGGCCUGGUCUCCCUACCCACUGUACACCACUGAGCUGGCCCCUGGUCUUCCCCACACAGCCUUCACCUAUCCUGCUGCUGCUGCUGCUGCCGCUGCCCUUCAUGCCCAGAUGCGCUGGUAUCCCUCUCCAUCAGAGGCCUCCCAGCCAGGGUGGAAGUCACGUCAGUUCUGUUAAAUCAUUUACACUUCACACCAGGGUCGGUGUCCCAUUGGAGUGAGAUGUGUAGAGCCCUUUGUUAAUUUAAUCAGGUUUAUUUAAUGGAUAAUUUACAUUGCGGACGAUGUUUCAUUUGGAAACAGCCAGAUGGAGUUUGAAGUAAUCUCUUUCAAUCACAUUCUGAUGCUGUGUGGUGACUGUAACGGUACAGACAUAGCACUUAGAAAAUCCAAGCUAUUUUCUUUCCUUUAGGGGAGGGGGUGUUCUGAAGAGGAAAUAGAAAUUAAUGAAGUGACGAAGCUGCUUUUUUCAUAGGGAGGGACUGGGCUUUAUGGGGAACUGAGGCAGCCGUAGUGCAUGUUCAAUAUAUUGGCAUGAUGUAGAAUAUAUGGUCGUGUGUUUGUUUUACAGUACAGUCAGUUGCCUCAUUGCCAUGGCCUUUUGUCCAUUAUUUCUUUUUUUUUUUUUUUCAUUUGCCCUCUAUGUUCUGUAUCUUUAGUCUUGCUCCUGUUAAAAAAAAAAAAAAAAAUGACUUGUAAUAUAUGCAAGGUGGUGUUAAACGUAUUGGGUAUUUUCUUUUCCUGGAGAAGAUGUUUUGCAUGCCUUGAUAUUUUCUUUUCCUUUUUGUUUUUGUUUUUGUUUUUGUUUAUUUGAGUUCAGCAUCACCUUUGCAAAAAAGGAGACAAUAUGUAGAGCAUAAAAGUUGGUGAGUCACCAUUAUUGCAACCCCUGUAGGACAAUCUUGGCUUGCCAAAUUAUUGAUGUCUAAGAGUAUAUUUGAACAUAAUAAGUACAAGUAUUUUUGUACUUUUGUGCAAUGUAUAUUUAUGCAUUUUUUGUGUGAAAUUAAAUGAUCUGUACAAGGUAAUAUCUAGUGGUCCUUUCCAUUUGAGCGUGUGUGUGUAAUGAUCAUUUAUCCUGUUUGACAUAGGUUACUGGUGCAAUAGGUUUUCCUUACUUGCUUUGUGUUGUAUGGCAUUUUUGUUUUAGUCUGGAACUGCAACUUUGGAUCCAGUGUGAGAUGGCGGUUAAAAAUAUCUUUAUGAAUGUGAAACUGGAUUAAAAGAAACCUCAAGGUUGGAGGGCUAGCAGUCCAUGUUUUAAUUUACUGGUGGGAAAUGUACCGUUUCUAUUAGCCGAACUUCAAUUGCGCUAGAAUGUCCAUCUUGUAAAUUAAGUAAAGAAAUGAAUGCAAUAAUCAGAUUUUGGGUAGUUUUCUUGAAGUUUUACUCUAGUCAGUACUGUUUAGAUUGCAGGCACAUUGUUGUCAAAUGACUCACUGGGUGCAACAGGGUCAUUCAGAUUAGAAUUCUACCAUAAAAUGGAUGACCAUGAUUUUGCAUCAUUCGACGGAGACCUGGGUUGCAAUAAUGGAGUUGAGUCCUGACAUUCCAUCAGCAGUCAAACUACAGCAGAUUUGUUAUUGCUUGCUAUUCAAUUAAUUUAUAUGAAAUGUGAGAGCUGCAAUCUGAUACACAAUAUGCGCAAUAGACUGACAAAACAUCCCUAAUUCAAUAACUAAUAUAUAUAAAAAUGCAAGUGCUGGCAAGAGGAGUUGACUUUAGUUUAGAAUCUUCAUCCUAAUUGUUUCAUCUUAAUAAAGGUAGGAUACGAUUUUCUGCUAUAAGGAGGUAAUGCAUGGCUUGACCAAGCUAGAUCCUAUUCUAUUAUUUAAUUGCAUGCGUAAUCUACCUGUGAUCCAUUGUGUAAACAUACACUGAAUAUUUUUUUAGAUGCAUAUUGGGGGAAAAAGUGAAGAUUAUUUUGCUCUGAAAAAAAAUGUAGUGUCUGAGUUGAUGUUAAAGCUAUGUAAGCAAUUCAAAUAUUGUAUUUUCAGUGCUUGAAUUAUUAGAUCAGAAGUCAAGUUUGUGUUUUCAGUACGAAUUAACUUAUGGUAACUCCUAAAAUGGGGAGAACUGUUUUAUUGUUCCAUUGAGAGACCCAUGUGUUGUUGUGAUGCUGUAUGUUCAUGAUGAGCCUUCUAUUUACUACUACAAAAAUUGACAACUUUUGAAAGGGAUAUGGGAUCCGUGAUCACUGAGAAUGUUGUGAUAAGAAUUUGGCAGAAGUCAUUUUUUUCCCUUGUUGCCCAACAACUAAUAAAUUAUAAACAAUA